AUUUUACUUGAGAAUUGCAAAGAGAAUUGAAGCAAAUUGAUUUCAAUUGAUUAUACUAGCGCUUGGAGAAUAAAUAUGGUCGAAAAAAGGCGUGGCUUUUCAUCGUUUACGAUUUACUCCAAAAAGUCGUUGGUCGUAAAUUUCCUCUUGGCAUGCGCAUCCUUAACAAGUGCUAAAUAUGUUCGUGUAUGUUACUACACCAGCUGGUCUCAGUACAGACCUGAUCCGAUGAAAUAUUACCCUGAAAACGUCGAUGCCUCCCUGUGCAGUCAUGUGAUCUACGCGUUUGCACAGAUUGGAGAUGGGCACAAAUUGGCAACCUUCGACCAGAAUGACGAAAAGAUGUUUCUAAGAUUUGCUGAAGUCAAACGGAAAAACCCUCAUCUUAAACUUUCGCUAGCAGUCGGUGGCUGGGCACACGAAGACGGCCCUGUGAGUAGGUUCUCCAACAUGGUUGCAACAGCUCAAACACGAAAGGUUUUCAUCGAUUCCUCAAUCGCUUUCCUUCGUGAAUACGGGUUUGAUGGCUUGGAUUUGGACUGGGAGUACCCAGCGGGACGUGAAAAUUCUCCCCCUGAGGAUAAACAACGUUUUACCGCCCUUUGCGACGAGCUCUUGGCCGCGUUUGUAGCCGAGGCUGCAGACUCUGGUAAAGAGCGCUUAUUGUUGACAGCCGCAGUGCCUGCCGGAUACCCUAUCAUUGACGCCGGAUAUGAAGUUGAGAAACUUGCAAAAAGUCUUGACUUCAUUAACUUGAUGGCGUAUGACUUACAUACUUAUUGGGAACGAAAAACUGGACACCACACUGCAAUGUAUGGCGACGACAAACUUACUGUCAGGUACGCUGUUGCGCACUGGAUGGAGAAGGGAAUGCCAGGUAAAAAAAUUGCGCUUGGUAUGGCAACCUAUGGCCGGGCAUUCAAUCUCGUGGAUCCCCAAAACAACGGAUUAAAUGCUCCAGCAAAUGGCCCCCCACCAGCAGGCAGAUACACGGGUGAGGCGGGACUCCUGUCAUACUACGAGAUUUGUAAAAUGCCGCUGACCGUUGUGAAAAAGAACGAUGCUGGCGCACCGUAUGGUUAUUCUGGCAAUACGUGGGUCGGCUACGACACACAGGAAAGUUUAAUGCAGGACAAAGUUGGCUUGGUCAAAGAGAGAGGCCUCAUUGGCGCCAUGUUUUGGGCCCUCGAUUUGGAUGAUUUUAAAGGUAUUGAAUGUGGCGAAGGAAAAUACCCACUGCUUACAGCUGUGACCCGUGCUUUGGAGGGAGGUGUUAAUCCAUCUACACCUAGUACCAGACCUACGGAACCCACGCAACCGACCACACCCACUGAACCCAUUGAGCCGACAAACCCACCCGAGCCAGGAUCGUGUUUCAGUAUUCCUCCAUACGAGUCUGAUGAUAUGGAUGAUUGGUGCAAUACUAAUUGUCCCUUAGGAUUCUGCCCUGAAACACACUGCAAGUGUAACUGAAAUACAUUACUUAAAAAAAAGAACUAAAUAUUUGAAACCAGAGUAUAUUAUAUGUCACUAGUAUUCUUGUCUUUUCCCUUCUUUUGAAUUAAGUGGUAUAGUUUCGGAAAGAAAACGAAGCGAGCUGUUAAUCAUUACUUGAAAGCUAUAUAUCACUAAUUCUUAAACUACACAUUCAUGGUUACCCUACGGUU